AGUGCGCUUGCGCGGCUGGGCGAGCUCAGUGGAAGCUGAGUGGAGCGGUUGGUGUUCAGAUGCUGUCUGAAUUUCGGCCUUGGCUCCGGGGACGAUCCGGUUCGGCUCAGCCUCUCUCGCACCACCGCCAUGGAGAUGCAGGAGCCGAAGGGCCAGGAUGAGAUGGCAAACUUGGGCCUUUCCACCAGACAAGCUCUGAUGAUGCUACGUAAUCAGCUCACUGCAAUCCUAGAAGAUCACCAGAAGCAGCAGAGUAAAAAGAAUUCUUGGAAGGAAGUGUGGCUUAAGGGCUUCCUCAACCCAAACAACCGAACCUCCAGCUUCCACUGGCCAGGGGCAGCUCUCAUGCUGCUAGCAGCAGUCUUGCUGCUUUGUUGCUAUGACAGCCAGCCAAUUGGAAGCCAGGGCAGUGCAGUACUGAAUGCAGGAGUUCUGUUCCUUCUGGUGUUCCUCAACCUGUAUGUGAUUGGAAGACAGGGGCGACUGAAAAAGGGAGAGGUCGUUGCCAGACUACGAGAAAUCAUCAAGAAGCUAAAUGAAACUCUUGUGGGUAAUGAGGAUUUGAAAUGGAAGAAUACAUCAUACCCAGACCUCUUUAUGCCUUCUGCUCCAUCCUGGUCACUUCACUGGGCCUAUAGAGAUGGGCAUCUGGUUAAUCUUCCUGUCUGUUUAUUAGUGGAAGGUGAUAUCAUUGCACUAAGACCAGGUCAAGAGUCCUUUGCUUCUUUGAGAGGUAUUAAGGAUGACAAGCACAUAGUACUGGAACCUGGUGAUUUGUUUCCACCAUUCUCUCCCCCACCAACACCCCGAGGAAAAGGAAAGAAAGGGCCCGAGGUUCCUCAACAGCAUAGGCUCUUCAGAGUAGUGAGGACUCCAGUUCUUGAAAAUGUUAGGCAGAGUUUGGAUCUGGCGCUCUCUCGACCGGUCACUGCACUCGAUAACGAACGCUACACAGUGCAAUCAGCGAUGGAAAAAUACACUGUUCCUUGUGUUCUGGUUGCAUUUCUGAUUACAAAUACUGUGCGGUUUGCACUUGAUGCUCCUGGAAUAAGCAACUGGAAAUUUACCUUCUUCCAACUUCAGGUGAAUGGCAUUCUGCCAAUUCUUCCCUUGUUCUUCCCUGUGGUGUGGGUGUUGGUCACAGCCUAUGGAGAAGCUAGAGUUCUGGCACAGUUCAGCAAGGCUCCUCCUGUUGGCCUGUUGGCGAAAUUCUCGGAGGAUACACUCAGCAGUUACACAGAAGUGGUUUCCUCAAAGGAAAUGAUGCUCUGUAUUUGGAGUCACUUCUGGUCACUACUGCGAGGAAAAUCUCUUACCCUCUGCUACACUUCUAGUCUGCUUCAGAACUUGGGCUCUGUAACGGUGCUUUGCUGUGUAGACAAACAAGGAAUACUGUCCUGGCCCAAUCCCAGUCCGGAAACAGUUCUGUUCUUCAGUGGACGUGUGGAGCUACCCCAUGACAGCCUAGAGGACCUGAAAGAUGACUUAUCCCUGCGAUCAUUUUGUCACACAGAGAUGGAAGAAGAGAAGGAUGAGCCCAAGGAAGCUGAUGCUCUGUUGCCCAACACCGGCCUGGAAUUUGUAAACAUUACCAAUGAGGUUGGACAGGAGAAAGAGGAAAAGAUUGAAAGCACUCCACGUUCGAGGAAACGUAGUGAGAAUCGACAAUGUAAGCAUUUGUCAGGGUCCAACGUCAGCUUCAGCAAAGACACAGAAGGAGGAGAGGAUGACAUGACACAGGUGAGUGGUAUUGGCGAAGACCUGGACUUAGAAGCAGAAGAUUAUAUCUGUGAUUACCACCUGGAAAUGCUGAGUCUCUCUCAGGACCAACAGAACCCGGCCAGUAUUCAGUUUGAUGACUCGAACUGGCAACUCCAUAUCUCUUCGCUGAAACCAUUGGGUCUCAACAUCCUCCUAAACCUCUGUUAUUCCACUGUUACCGAGCAAGUGUGCCGCUUCUCUGAUCACUUGUCCAAUAUCGCCCUGCAAGAGACAUCCGGCGCAGCCAUGCCAGUCCAUGUUCCUUGGGGGCUCUGUGAACUGGCCAGGCUCAUAGGCUUUACUCCUGGUGCUAAAGAACUCUUCAAACAAGAGAAUCAUCUGACCAUGUAUCAGCUUCCAACAGCAGAGAUAGUCAAAGAACCAGUAACUCGGCGACUUUUGAAUGUAACCAAGAGGCGACCGCCACUCAGUCAUAUGAUUAGCCUUUUUGUUAGAGAUACAUUAACUGAUAGUGUACAGAUGUUAUCUCAUGGCACAGCUGAUGUCAUCCUGGAGGCCUGCACAGAUUUCUGGGAUGGUGCAGAUAUUUAUCCCCUCUCUGGAUCUGACAGGAAAAAAGUGCUAGAUUUCUACCAGCGAGCCUGUCUGUCGGGGUACUGUUCAGCUUUUGCUUACAAGCCGAUGCACUGCAACUUGUCCUCUGAGCUGAAUGGGAAAUGCAUCGAGUUGGUCCAGGUGCCAGGUCAGAAUACCAUCUUCACCUCUUGUGACUUACCAGGGACCACACCCAUUAAACACGGCAGCAGACGGAACAGCUGGAGCUCUGAUGAGGGAAUAGUGGAAGUUAUGGAGAAAGAAGACUGCAUACAAGCCUUGAGUGGACAGAUCUUCAUAGGAAUGGUCUCCUCCCAAUAUCAGGCUCGGCUGGACAUAGUCCGACUAAUAGAUGGCCUUGUGAAUGCAUGCAUCAGAUUUGUCUAUUUCUCCCUGGAAGAUGAAUUAAAAAGCAAGGUAUUUGCAGAAAAGAUGGGUUUAGAAACAGGCUGGAAUUGUCAUAUUUCUCUGCUACCAUAUGGUGGAUGCUCUGGUUCCGAAAUCCCACAGUCAAGCCCAAGCCAUGCUGGCUCUCUACAUGAUAACCUUCAGGAUUCAAAGGAUGAUGCAGAGGGAGCAUUACUAAUGGAAGAAGAGAGACACUCUGACCUCAUUAGCUUCCAGCCAACGGACAGUGAUGUGCCCAGCUUUCUGGAAGAUCAUAAUCGGGCUAAACUGCCACGAGGAAUCCACCAAGUUCGACCACAUCUCCAGAACAUUGAUAAUGUGCCUUUACUGGUCCCUCUGUUUACAGACUGCACGCAGGACACAAUGUGCGAGAUGAUGAAAAUCAUGCAAGAGUAUGGGGAGGUGAUUUGCUGCCUGGGAAGCUCUGCUAACUUUCGAAACAACUGUCUUUUUCUGCAGAGUGACAUUGGUGUUGCUAUGGAUCCACUCUACCCAUCCCGCUGUUCUUGGGAGACCUUUGGCUAUGCCACCAGUGCAAAUGUUUCCUUUGAUUCUGAGGAACUUUCCCCGCUGCAGUUAUCUGGCCUCUUGAACAGCCUGCCGUGCUCCAUUUUCUUUCACCAGGAAGAAAGCAUCAGCAUCAUCAAACUCAUCGAACAGGCACGGCACACAACGUAUGGAAUCAGGAAAUGCUUUUUGUUCCUGUUGCAAUGUCAGCUUACGCUUGUCUUCAUUCAGUUUUUGGCCUGUCUGGUUCAGUUGCCUCCACCUCUCAGCACCACUGAUGUUCUCUGGCUAUCCUGCUUCUGCUACCCAUUGCUCAGUGUUUCUUUGUUGGGGAAACCGCCAGACAGUUCGGUGAUGACGAUGGCAACAGGAAAGAAUUUUCUAUCCAUUCCAAAAAAGACUCAGCAGCACUUUCUUAUGUGUUUUCUGAUCAAGUUCAGCCUCACUAUUUUUGCCUACCUCGUUUGCUUUGGAUUUAUGCUGCAGGAGUUUUGUAAUAAAUCUGUGAAUAAUACCAACUGUGUGUCAAUAAUGAACAGUUCUGCAGAGGGAGCACCAAUGUGGUUUGACAAGUAUUCUAAUGGAUUGUUGCUGGCUCAGAAGGUGAUGGCCUUUUUCAUAGUUCUACAUACAGUUUGCAUUUCCAUCAGCCAUGUUCAUCGGUCCAAAACUCUGUGGAGAAAAAGUCCUUUCAGUAACUUAUGGUGGUGUCUCACUUUACCUGUAGUGUUGGUGAGCCAAAUUGUACUGCUGCUGGUGGAUUUAAAGCUGUGGAAAAAUGUGGAUACCCAAUUGAUCUUUGACCUAUAUGACAUCCCAUUGAUCUCUUGGCUCCUUGGCUUCUUAUCUGUCAUUCUAGUGGUGUUUAUCAAUGAAGUCGUCAAACUGCACGAAAUAAGGGUCCGAGACCGUUACCAGAAGAGACAAAAGCUGCAGUUUGAAACCAAGCUUGGAAUGAAUUCUCCAUUCUGACACUGGGAUAAUUGCUAAUGUGCUAAACUGUCAAUCACAGAGGAGGGGUAGCUUCUGAGCCGACUUCAGGCAGAUCGGGUCAAGGAGCUGGCCCACAAACACCAUAUUACUGCUGCAUGAAGACUUCAAAACUGCACUAGAACUUGCCAACCUCACAUCGGUUGAGGAGGUUUACCAGAUACCUCAGGACAAACACAGGGCACAGAGAUAGGAGUGUGCUGCUUCAGGAACCUGGAAGUGCAUGUUCAUGCAAGUUAAAGUGGAAAAAGUCCUCUUUGUAAAGUUGGUCUCCAGUAAUUGGAAAAUAUAUCAACACUGCAUCUCUUUCUCACUGCGCACAUCUGUCAGCCUGUGCCCAGAGGAGAGGAAUUGAUGCUUCAGUAAAGGAAAAUAUAUUGGUUGCAGCUUCACAAAUAAGUUAUGUAGUCUUCCCACAAAAAGAUUUGUUUACCUACCUUUUCCAGUUUUGGGGCCUUCAGGUAGUAUUCAGUAAUGUAAUGAUGUCCAGUAUUUGGAGCCCUUAACCAUUGUGAGUGAAAUAGGAAGUAGGAAGUAUCACUGCCUCCUAGUUUUAAAUUCCAUCUAUCUCAUGGAUUUGUGAGCUCCUGGUGCAGUAACCAGUAGGCAGCAGGGAACCCCUUUAGACUCAACCAGGAUUGCUUCUGCACUCUGUUGGGAGGUGUUUUAUGAUUUUAGAUCAGUGACUCCACCAGAAUCAGAAUUUGUUUUGUCAAGCUCAGCCAUACUCACCCAGAUGAAUAAAGUACUGGGCAUUUGUUCUUAUGUGCAUGUAUUUGUUAUUAUGUGCCAGGCUGAUCUUAUUUAAUUUGAGAGGAAUUGUGCAUUGUAUCCAAAUAACCCUACAUUUGGACCAGGUGAGGGGAUGGUUUAAAUGUUCUAAAUCAGUUAUUCAUUUGGUGCGAUUUUUUUAAAGUGAAAUCAUUGAUGGCUCAUCUUGACUGGAUUCAAAAAACAUAUCACUGCAGCUGCUGGGAAUCAUAGUUAAAAACAAUGCUGGAAAUACUGUAGCAGAAGCUGAGGGGAGGUUUGUAUUUCAGGUUGAUGACUUUUCACUAGAGCUCAUAUCACUCCUACUUCAUGUGCAUAGUACAGAAGGUGAAAAGUGAAUAAUAGUAAUGGUCAGACAGCUGCUCUUACAAAACCCAUUCAGAACAGAGCAGAAGAGUGAUGCAGUUUCUCAUCUUUGUAUUCAGCUGUUCCAGAUUUCUGCAAUUAUAGAGCCACGUAAUGUCAUGCAGCCAUACAAAGUGAGUUGCUUACUAUGAAUCUGUGGUGAGCUUGAAACACAAUAUCACAGCAGCUCUGUCUCUGAACUGCACCACAAGCUUUCAGGCAAAGUGAUACUCUGAAAAGUUAUUGCAAAGAGUAACUGUAAUGGCAGUGCAUUCAUCUUUUAGUUCAUUAAAUGAGUAGUUUAAAUUGCAGAUGAAGGAACUCAAGCCCUCCUCCCCACUCCCCAGCCAGUGCUUGUCCUUUCCACCUCAGUAAAUGUAGUUUUCAGUGCACAUGUGCAAUUGAAGUUCACCUUGGAAAUUGUUACAUGGUCUUUUUAAGCUGUGCAAAUGAGGAGAGUGAUAUGUUUUCCUCUGAAGCAAAAAGUGAUUAUGAUCUCUGGGUUAAAUUGCACUCCGGAGUUUUGACUGAGCACUUAUAGUCAUAAACCACUUUUUUCUGCCAAUGCACUUCUUUGUCGGUGUAUACAGUAUAACACCAUCCUGUGUGACCCUCUUUAAGGGUAAUUACUGAGAGAAAUCAGUAUGGGUUUUCGGUGUCUCGGCUGUUGGGAAUUCUCAGCCUGUCCAGGUUCUAACUCCUCAUUGUGAACAUGAUUUGGGUCGGAAUCUCUUGCCUUUUGUGGAUUUCCUCCAGCAACUUUCCUCUUUACCACCGUCAGUCCCGUAACACAGUCUAUCCCUCCAUUACACCCCAAAAUUUCAAUUUGGAGACCCCAAUUUAAAAGCCACCUACUCCAAGAUAUUUAUCACAGUCCAAACUGAAGCAUCCCUCCUACUAAGCUGGUGAUCGUAGUUGCCCAGAACCCAUCUGCUGUCAUGCUUUCUGUAUUGGUGCAGUGUGGUAGGAAAAUAUACCCUGGUGUAUGGUCAGUUCUACCCUAGUGUAUUGGCAUUUCAUUAGGACUCAGCAUAUUGGGCUUUUGUUGCUACUGAAUUUGAAAACCAUGUGCCAUGCAUUAGUGGAUUGCUGUGUCUUUAAGGGCACAGAGGAGCCUCCAGUUUAGUUUCUUUAAAAUAAAAUUGGCAUCUUGGUUAGCUCAUGUUGAAUUGCUAAUUAUUUGACCUUUUGUGUUGUAGAGAUAAUUGGCUUUGUGUGGUUAAUUGAUGUUGUUUAGUGCCCUUCAUCUCAUGAAAUGGCUGUCCACUGCUUUACAAUCAUUUGUGUGUUUUACCAUCACCAUUCUAGUUUGUGCAUGACCCUGUUUGCAGCUGUUGAGUCUUUAAUAUUUUCCAGAGACAAACCAACCUUUCUGAUGUAGUGCAGGAGUUGUUACAUAUUCUAAUAGUUAAUGAAGAUUAAUAAUCUUGAAACAAUUUUGCACAUACUGCUUCACCUAUGUGGCCUGUUACUCUGGUGCUAACGACUUGCUCGCUUGGUAACAUGUAUCAUACAAAGUAGCAUAAUGGCGUAAAUUGGCAUCAUCCAGUGUCUGUAUUGGUGCAGGAUGGAUCCAUGGCCUCCUUUAUUGUCAAAAUGAAUCCAAACUCAGGUUGGAGGAACAGCACCUUAUAUACCAGCUGGGUAGCCUCCAACCUGAUGGCAUGAACAUUGACUUCUCUAACUUCCAUUAAUGCCCCUCCUCCCCUUCUUACCCCAUCCCUGACAUAUUUAGUUGUUUGCCUGUUCUCCAUCUCCCUCUGGUGCCUCCCCGCCCCACCUUCUUUCUCCUGAGGCCUCCCGUCCCAUGAUCCUUUCUCUUCUCCAGCUCUGUAUCACUUUCGCCAAUCACCUUUCCAGCUCUUAGCUUCAUCCCACCCCCUCCGGUCUUCUUCUAUCAUUUUGCAUUUCCCCCUCCCUCCACUACUUUCAAAUCUCUUACUAUCUUUCCUUUCGGUUAGUCCUGACGAAGGGUCUCGGCCCGAAACAUCGACAGCGCUUCUCCCUAUAGAUGCUGCCUGGCCUGCUGUGUCCCACCAGCAUUUUGUGUGUGUUGUGGUUUCCAAUGAGGCUUGGUGUGGGAAUCAGAACCAUUACCAGAUGGGAAAAUGAACAGACAGUGAGUAAUUGUUUGAAUUGCGUAUUGCACAAUGGCUGUGAAAGUCCUCACACAAGACCCUCAAAGAUUCCAAAUUAGUUCUCUUGUAACACUGAUUGUAGAAAAUUAUUUAUUUUUGAGAAUACGCAACAGCUCUUUCUUUCCAAGAGCAUUGCCAUACUGGUAAAUGUAUACCUUAGAUGUAAUAUUUCUCAGCUGGGAAACCCAAAAUUAUUUGAUUGUGAGACUAUUCCAUGUGUCAUUCCUGCGAGACUAUACAUUUCUUAUGUUAUUAUUCAUUGUCACAUUCUUUUGUUGCCCUGUCUCUGGUUGUCAGGCAGUGAGCAGCUUUUGAAGACACUCUGCUUACAGGGGUUCUGCAUUUAGAAAACAGCUGUGUUCAAGGGUCAGUGUCAGCAGGCAGCUGUUUGGCUGGAGCAAUUAAGGGCUUCAAAACAAAAUAAACAUGUAGCACAGCUUUCAGCUUCUACACCACAUUCUGUGCAGAAAGUGUGCUUAUGUGCCUGCAGGCCAGUUGCCCAGCCACAAAUGUGUGACACAGGAAGACUCUUGAAUGAUGUUGCUUUUACUGACUGAUGAAGUGUGCCCUGCACAGGACAAAUCAUAGGGAACUGCACACCAAAAUGACAUCUGACAGGAUAUGCAGAUGAAGUCCACUGCCCUGAGUCACCACCUGCUGCCCUAAUGUAACUGAUCCAAUUCAGAAAGCUUAUGUAGCAGGAGCUGGGUCUUGAUGUGUUUUUAAAAUGAGUGUUUUAACUGAAGGGAAGGGGAAUCAAAAAAAAAACUUUUAAAAUUAAACCAACCAAAAGUCAUUGGUGAUUUAAAAUCAUAAUCAUAAAAUCAUGAAAAUCUCUUUAAUAAGAAAUGAAGCUGCUCUCCCUUUCCUUUCCAGGGCCCCUUCAGUCUCUAUUGAAAUGAAAUGCAAGCCUAAGAGCUCAGGAUGCCCAGUGUGAGUGCUGGGGAAUGCCAGCAGGACUCAGCUGACACAGAGGGCUCUGUAGAGAAUCCUGCAGCAGAGGUCUUGACAGGUGUGGUUUCUAACUUGCCAAGCACCUUCUGGAUUUGUUUAGAAAUCAUCUUCCAGCAAAAUACACAUUCCAUCAUAGUAAUUUGGAAAUAAAGGGUUUAUCCUCUUACUAACCAAAACUUUGGAUUUAAUUUGACCCCAUCUUAAAGUCAGUAGAUUUCAUGCUGAAAGGACUUCAGAAUUGGUGUUCUAAUAGCUUAUUAAUUCACUGGGACAGUGCCAGCUACCUAAAUUGGCAAAAGAAAGAAUAAUUGCUUACAGCAUGCACUGAGACCUUUACCAAAGAGCCCUGUAGCUGGGUAAAGUUCCUAAAAGCAGGAAGAUUUUGCUCUAAUAUCUCUGCUUCAGGUGGUACAUUGGUUACUAGAUGCAUCAUGCCUUUGUAAAAAUUGUGAAGAAUUUGGAGUUCGAGUUACCAGUGGCUUCUGACAACACUAGGGAUGUGAUGGAUUUUAGGGUUCAUGUUGAUAUCACUGCAACCCAAAAAGCAAACCUUUCAGUGCUUCUAACCCCACUGUGUGCAACCUGUAGUGGGUGGCAAAAACCACCUUGCAGGAAAGUUCUAUAGGUUGUAGCUGUUUCAGUAGUGCAGUUCCCAGACCAUUAGGAUGUGCAAACAUUCAGUUACCCUUCUAUGAGGGGGCAGUGAUGGAGAAAGGAGGGAGCUGAUAGCUAGAAAACAUGGGCUUGUCUACUGGGGAGAAAGUGAGUCAGUGUCAUUGGUCACUCACUAACUCAAAAGUUGUAGCAGAGACUUCUGUUCAACCUGUGGUUGGUCAUUUCCUCAGCAGAACCUUGACAAUUACUCAGCAGUGGCCUGACUCCAGGUUGGGCAUGUCCUUAAUCCAGUUAAAAUGCAUCAGAGGUUUCUUACAGUUCUAUUCACCAGAACCUUGUCCUACCCUUCUAUAUUGCGCCACUCUAAAGUUGCAUUUCAUGACAUAGCCGAGGCAAACUGCUGAUGUGCAGCCGAGGAACAGCUCUAUCCUCAUCCAACCAUCCCACAAGGUUGGUAUUGCAAUGUGCUCUGUUCCAAUAGCUGAGAGAAAUGGAAAGAGGCCAUUUGGCCCCACGUACCUGUGCAACCAUUCCAUAAGAUAAUGGCUACCACUCUCCUGCACACCCUUGUUCUUGUAGUCUUGUGAAGUGCCGACAGUAAUCUCCCCAAGUGCUUUUCCAUUCUGAUAAUUCAGAUCCCUGGUUACAGUGAAGAACAAAGUAAGGCAAUAUUACUGCUUCUGCUUUAUUAUUUUGAAACCUGUGCAUAUAGUUCCAAGAGAAAUGCAAUAAGUAUAUUUUGUAAGAAUUACUUUUGGGGAUGAAUUAUGCAUUCCUUUAGAGGGCCAGCCUCUGAUUACAGCAGCAGGCUGGGAAAUACUUCAAAAGUUUGUCAUUUUAAAACAAAACUAAGGCAAAAAAAAAUUAAGUCUUAAACCAGUUCCCCUGUUUAAAGCUUAAAUAUUUACUGCUGUUCCAUGUGCUAAAAUGCAGAAUCAUAAAUUUAAAUUGUCAGCAGCUGAUGGAACUCUGACUUGAUCCUGGUGUUCCUUUCAGUGAAACUGUGUGGUGAGUUAAUGAUUCUCAUUUUUCAGGCUAUCACAAAUAUUAAUUCAGUUCCUCACUACUUCCCACUGCCCUUUCAUGCGUACGUAAUGAAAGGGUUUUGAAUGACUGUGGCUGUAUUUAACUGCAUAAUGUACACCUCAGACAUGAUGAUCCAGAGUUCUUACGUUGAAAGGGGCUUUGUUAAAACUUCCAGUGAUCUGGAAGUGACCAUCAUUAGAUCUGAAUGAGACAAAAUGCAGUAAAUAUUGGUGCAAUGGUAAUCUGUCCAUUAGUUUAUAAAUACUGUAUGCUUGUGAAUGCAUAAUUUUAAAACUUAUUUUAAUGUACAUGGGGAUGAGUUGAGAUUUUUACAUUGUAUAUUGGAUGAUAGCAUCUGGGUCGAUUUGUAGCAAGGACUGUCAUCAGUAACUCUGAUCUGAAAGCUACAGUAAAACUCCGCUCAUCCAUUCUCUGUUAGGAAGUUGUGAUGUUUUAGCAGCUGACUCACUGAGCCUGUUUCCCCUGCUCCCUUUGAAUUCAUCGCAGCCCUGUAGCCCUGUACUCCUUUAAAUUUGCUGUAUUCACAAGAUAUUAAAUUGCUGUGAAAUAUUUUAAUGAAGCAAUAGAAAUUGUGUUGUAUUAACAGGAGUAACAACCGGUGGUCUGGGAAAUCCGACAAUUCAGCAUCUUUGCCAUUUUGGUGGUGCCAGAGUUUUACUGUAUAACCAGGUUGGUCCUAGAGAUGAGGUGUUUAAACCAAUGUGGGACGGAGAUGAGAAACUGCUUUUCCCCAGAGAAUAGUGAAUCUGAAAAUUCUCUACCCAGGGAAGAAGUAAAGGUUACCUCAUUAAAUAUAUUUAACACAGAUUUUUUUUUUUUUGCAUAGCAGGGGAAUUGAGGGUUGUGGGGAAAGGGCACUAAUCACUAAUCUGAGUCCAUAGCCUGACCUCAGUAGCGUGAUAGUUAGCAUGAUGCUAUUACAGUUUGGGACAUCAGAGUUCGCAAUUCAUUUCCUACGUUGUCCUUAAGGAGUUUGUAAUCCUCCCCAUGAAUGCAUGGAUUUCUUCUGGGUGCUCCAGUUUCCUUCCACAUUCCAAAGAUGUAGGCUGAUUGAUCAUUGUAAAUUGUCCUGUGAUUAGGCUAGGGUUAAAUAGGUGGGUGGUAUAGCUCAUUGGGCCAGAAGGGCCUGUUCUGCAAACAGCGAUGAAGUAGGCUUGACAGGCCAAAUGGUCCACUCCUGCUCCUAUUUCUUCUAUUCUUAUGUAAUGCCACUUUGCAUAUUUGAUCUGCCCUUCCAACAAAAACCUGUGCACUUUCACUACUCCCCGUUAUAAAUCCUAGAGGGCCAAACUCAUAACCACUUAUUUUUGUGACUCAAAGUUGAAGCUUUAAACUGCCUUCCUGAUGUAGUGAUGAACUUUCCUUUUCAGUACUGUAUUGCUUUGUUGAGAAAGGUAGACUGUAAUCUCCCAUUGUUUUCCUUCCUAUUUAUCCAAAGUAAAUCUUUGUAUUGCCAAUCAGCAUGCUGCCGUAUUGAAUCCAAUAGCUUUGGGAUUUGUGGCCCACAUUAAGUUAUACUUGCACAUGUGUUUGAAACUUGUCAGUCUUACUCUAAUGGGGGCUUGUUGGUAAUGACUGGUGGCCGAGAGCCUUUAAUGCCACGGACAGUUAUGUUUCAGUGGCGUUUUAUAAAUGAUGUACAUUGUGUAAAUGUUAGAGAUAUUUAAUAAUGUUGCACUGUUUUAAUUUUUACAAUGGAAACUUGUAACUUGGAAAGCAAAUUGCAAUGAGAAUAAAUAGUGUUUUGUAGUG